CCUCCUCCUCCGUUACCUCCUCUGCCUCCCUCUGCUUCCACUUCUCCGCCGUGGAGCUGCGCAGAGCCUCCGCCGCUCCUCCAGCUCCGCGCAGUCUGAAGAUGGUCGGCGGCUCGUGUGCGCGCAGGCUGGCCCGCCGGUCCCGGUCCGCGUUGAUCGCGGCGCUCACGGUGCUGCUGGUGCAGACCCUGAUCGUGUGGAACUUCAGCACUCUGGACUCCGGGGAAGAGAGCGCGGGCUCCAGCGUGCGGGGGAAGAGGGACCGGGUCGCGGGCAACAAAGCCGCUGGCAGCGACUAUUUCCAGCGCGCAGUCCGGCAGCCGCCGGGCCAACAUCUUCCUUCUCCGGGGAGGGGGGCGUCUCGACACAAACAGCAGCCGGAUGGGUAUUACUCCCACCGCCCGAAGGAGAAAAGUCGAAUUGACAGUAACAACGAGAACUCUGUGCCCAAAGACUUUGAGAACAUAGACAACAGCAACUUUGGAGCACGCUCGCAGCCACACAGACAAGCUCCCAGCAGUAAGCAGCAGGAGCAUCUGCAGGAAAAGACCCACACUCAGCAGCAGACCUGGAGAGACAGUUCCCCCAGCCUGGGACGCAGCUCAAACGAGGUUCUGCCUGUGGGCCACCAGUCCCUGGCAGCCGGAAACAGCACCUUACCUCCUGGCGUCAUGGUGGAACCACAGAGACACUACCAUGCCUCCCAGGCCCAGCACGUUCAGCCACAGCACAGGCAUCAGCACCCCCACAGGAAGCAGGCCACUGCAGCCACAGCGGAGGUGACGUACAACCAGCCCCCCAAGUGCGAGAUCAGUGGGAAGGAAGCCAUUUCUGCUCUGUCCAGAGCUAAGAGCAAAGACUGCCGGCAGCAGAUUGCUGAGGUGUACUGCAGGCACAGGGAGGGGCGCUUAAUGCCAGAGAAAGUCACUCGGUACUGCCCCCUGGAAGGUAAAGCUAACGUGAACAUCCAGUGGGACGAGCACUCUGCCGAGAGCUUUCCAUCAAACCCUGUGAGGAUCGCGUUUGUCUUAGUCAUUCACGGACGAGCCUCUCGCCAGUUUCAGCGCCUCUUCAAAGCCAUCUACCACACCUCCCACUUCUAUUACAUACAUGUUGACCAGAGAUCCAACUACCUGCACAGGCAGGUCCAGAUCAUGGCCAUGAAGUAUCCCAACGUGAGGGUGACACCAUGGCGCAUGGCCACCAUCUGGGGCGGGGCCAGUCUGCUGACCAUGUAUCUACGCAGCAUGGCUGACCUGCUGGCAAUGAGGGACUGGAGUUGGGAUUUCUUCAUCAAUCUGAGCGCUGCUGAUUACCCCAUCAGGACUAAUAACCAGCUGGUGGCCUUCCUGUCCAAAUACAGAGACAUGAACUUUAUCAAGUCCCAUGGCAGGGACAAUGCACGGUUCAUUCGGAAGCAGGGUCUGGAUCGCCUUUUCUUUGAGUGCGACACCCACAUGUGGCGGCUGGGAGACCGGAAAAUCCCAGAAGGCAUCUCUGUGGACGGAGGCUCCGACUGGUUCCUUCUCAACCGUAUGUUUGUGGACUACGUCAUUAACUCCAAGGACGAUCUGGUCACCAGCAUGAAGCGGUUUUAUGCCUACACUUUACUUCCUGCUGAGUCGUUCUUCCACACGGUGCUGGAGAACAGCGCUCACUGUGAGAGCAUGGUAGACAACAACCUGCGCAUCACAAACUGGAACCGUAAACUGGGCUGUAAGUGUCAGUACAAGCACAUCGUGGACUGGUGCGGAUGCUCGCCCAAUGACUUCAAGCCGGCAGACUUCCCCCGCUUCCAGCAAACAGUGCGGCCCACCUUCUUUGCCAGGAAGUUCGAAGCCAGUGUCAACCAGGAGAUUGUGAACCAGCUGGACGCCUAUCUGUUCGGGCCCUUUCCCCAGGGAUCUCCAGCACUGAACUCUUACUGGGAGAAUGCGUACGAUGAGCCGGAUGGUGUGGCCAGCCUGUCUGACACAAUGCUCACCUACUACCACUCCUUCUCACGGAUGGGCCUGGCGCGGGCAGCAGCCUCCCUGCAGGGAAACCCCAACGAUCACAGCUGCAGGUACUUCCCCAUGGGCCACCCGGUGUCCGUCCAUCUCUACUUCCACUCAGACCAGUUCCAGGGCUAUCUGGUCAAGCACCACGCCAACAACCUGGCCACAAGAAAGUUGGAGACCAUGGAGACCUGGGUAGCACCCAAGAAGAGUUUCAAGCUAACCACCCCCCCCACAAGCACAUUCAGCCGGCUGCAGUUUGCAGAGGUUGGCACAGAGUGGGACGCUAAAGAACGGAUGUUCAGAAAUAUCGGUGGCCUCAUGGGUCCCAUGGAUGAGACGGUGGGCAUGCAGAAGUGGAAUAAAGGGCCCAACGUCACAGUGACUGUUGUGUGGAUCGAUCCAACCAACGUCAUUGCAGCCACAUAUGACAUACUAAUCGACUCAACUGCAGAGUUCACCCACUACCGCCCCCCACUCAACCAGCCCCUGCGGCCCGGCGUGUGGACGCUUCGCAUCCUGCACCGCUGGAGCCCCGUGGCUGAAAUCCAGUUCCUGAUUGCCCCUCUGGCCUACAGCAAGCACCAGCCCAUACGUCGAGAGGACGCUUUGAAGCUGCACAACGGGCCGGUGAAGAACAGCUACAUGGAGCAGAGUUUCCAUGGCCUGAACCCGGUGCUCAACAUCCCGGUCAGCCUGGCUUAUGUGGAGCAGGCCCAACGGAACGCGGCCCUCACCGGCCUGGAGCUCGAGCGCUGGAUAGACAGUCUAGUGGGCCAGCUGUGGGAGGCGGCUGACGUGUGCGCCGUCGGUCCCACGUCCUGUCCCGUCAUGCAGGCGUGCGCCAAGAGUCCGUGGAGCUCAUUAAGCCCAGACCCCAAAUCCCAGCUGGGAGAGCCCCGAGCUGACGGGCGCAUCAGGUAGCAGUGAGGCCUCCAGCUGGAUCGGAGGUCAAGGCACUGUUUAUUUAAACUGAAAGGAGG